AUGCGUAAAACUCCUACCCAGAAGGCACAAACCAUUUACUUCAAGUGCGUCUCCAAUGCCGACUCCGACGCUCCCUCUGAAGGUGCCCAGGGAAGGUCUCUCGCAGCAGCGGCUGCUGCGAGAGACGUCUGCAAAGUGCAAGUGGCUCUCUGGCGGAAUCCGGAAACACUCAAGCCAGAGAGUGUGAAAGAGUGCACGAAAGAGGCCGGGAAGGUGUUUAUCGCCAUCACUUCUGCACCAGCAACUGCCUCGUUCACGUGUGGUGACAAUGGAACGAUGACCCCAAGAAUCUUCGAGCGCACAUUCCAGGAGUCGUCCCAGGAAUACACUGUCAAACUGACGGACUUACUCUCUGGCAAGCUGGCCGAAGGGGGAGAGACGGACGAUAAGCCUAUCUACACCUUGACCGUGAAAGAGUUGCCGAAAGAUCCGGCAACGUUCUACUACAAAUGCGCUUAUCCAGGCGACAAACCUGCGCCACCAGAGGGACUCCCACCUUCAGUUUGCACAGUGUCCGUGAGCGUGGCGGCGGCGAAUCCACCCGUCCCGCCUAGCAAGGUCACGAGGUCGACCUCCACUUCGACCUCAGAGACGACGAGCUCGGCAGAAAUGUCUGGGCAGCAUCUCCGUGCAGGUAUUAUUGUUAUCGGUAUAGCAGUCACGGUGGGAGCACAAGCAGGACCGUGA